GGAAGAAAUAUUUGCGAGUAUUGGGUAGGGUGUUAAGCAACGUUGGAAGCCACCAAGGGAGGGAUGGGUAAAACUCAAUAUGGAUGGGGACACUUGCGAGGGGUUGGGGUCCUAUGCUGGGGCUGUUGUCCGAGACAGUAGGGGGAAGCCUUUAUUUGCUGCUGUGAGGAUGACAGAGGAUCGUUGGAUGCCAAAUGUAGCUGAGGCUAAGGCUGUUUUCUUGGGGAUAAAAGCUGCAGUGGAAGCGGGGUUCACAAGAGUGGUGGUGGAGAGCGAUUGCCUUGGUAUUGUUAACACAAUUUCGUCACAAGACCGUGGGAGGAGUAGUUUUCAUUUAGUAUUGGUCUAUUGGAUGAUAUUUAUCAUGUUAGUAGUUUCCUUGGUAAUGUGUCUUGGAAUUUCUUUAGUAGAGCUAGCUCAUUGCUGAGGAGCGUUUUUCAUUACACAAAAAACCAAUAAACAAAUUAAAAAUUAUAGUAAUUUAUAAAAAAAAAAAUUCCGAAAAAAUUGACAAAAAUAAUCCCAACUUUCACCGUUUUACUCAAAAUAAUCUCAACUUUGGAUUAUUUUUCCGAAUUCUAUCCGGCCCAUAAUCGUCAUUCCACACUAAAGAAGCGUGGGGAUUUAUGCCAUUCUCUGGUACUGGGCCAGUCAGUUGUUACGUCCUAUAGGUACACUAUCGUUAGUUUGGAGUUAGGCAAAGGAGGAGAGAAUCUGAGAAGGCAAGAACUCUUAUCCCACUUUCUGAUCAUAUCAAUAAUUCUAGUCCAACAAUCUUCCAGAUCUGCCACUGCUCUUUAAUUUCUCUCUCAAAAUUCACUUUCCUUUGUUUCUUGAAGCUAAGCAACGAUGAUGAUGAAUCUUGAUCUUCCUACAAUUCUUGGAAUUAUUGGCAAUGUUACAUCCUUUUUCAUGUUUUGCUCUCUUGCGCCUACAAUUUGGAGGAUAUAUUUACAAAAAGAUAAUGAGGAAUAUAAGUUUCACCCUAUUGUGGCUGGAUUAAUCAGUUGUUCAAUGUGGGUGCUAUACUCAAUGCCGUUCGUACACUCGAAUCCGCACUCCAUUCUUCUUACUCCAGUUAAUAAUUGUGUUGGAAUUGCUCUCUACAUUUUCUACUACGUUGUAUACUCAUACUAUGGUGACAGCUUCAGUAGGAAAUCAAUGUGCAUAUACUUAUACGCCGAGGUUGUGGUUCUGUUUGUCUUAAUCUGCAUCACACUCUUAGCAUUCCACACCCAUACUUCAUGGUCUAACUUUGUUGGGAUCUUUUAUGUCAUCUUUGGAAUCCUUUUUUAUGGUGCACCUCUCACUGUAAUGCUGAAGGUCAUAACUACAAAGAGUGUUGAAUACAUGCCAUUGUCUCUUUCGAUUGCUGGUUUGUUUAACGGAGUCAUUUGGAGUGCAUAUGCCUGCAUCAAAAAAUUUGAUCACUACAUUCUGAUUUGCAAUGCUGCUGGAGCUAUACUUGCCGUAGCAAAACUGAUUUUGUACACUUGGUACUAUGUAUCUGCACAGAAGGAAAGUAUUGAAACCCUACCCACACCACCACACCACGACAGCCGCAAGAGCAGCAUGGUGAUUUUAGUUAGCUACUAUGAUAAAGAGCCGUAGCUAUUUCAAUUUGUUCUGGUUAGCUUAGGUGAUAGAAUUCAAAAUGAGUAAUCCUUUCUCCAUGUUUAAAUAAAUGAAAUUUUUUUCUUUUGCGGUUGUGAAAUGUUUCAUUUUAUAGUAAAUUCUCUUUUUUGUUUAA